CAAGAAGAGACUUGGACAAGUUGUCUAAAGAUGAAGCCAUCAGAAUUGCGCUGGGCCAGAAAGAAGUACAGAAUACUUUGACGACAAGGAAUGUUCUAGACAUAUGUUAUACAAUGUACGAUGGUUGCGAGGGGGUCGUGAAUAUAUUGACUGAUCAUCCGCCUCCUAAAGUGAAGGCACAAGGAGCUAAUUGAAUGGGCUUUCUAGGAGAGUUAAAAAGGAGCACAAUUAGAUGUCAAAUGGAAUGAAUCUGUGGUAAUGAAUUAACUUUUUCAGAAAAAUUAGUGCUGGAGCAAUUGCCUAAUUGUGAGGUUCUGGAAAACUCACGUGGAGUUUGUGAAAAAAUGUUUUCACAGUUCCACCUACUUUCUUAUAGUAAGCUCGAUAAAACACCUGAAAAUUGAAUUGUAAGUGAAAAAUAUCAAGAACAUAAAUUCAAAAUAAUCAAAAUAGAA